UGCAAAAUGCGAAAGCCUGGGGUUGACUUUCUCGAAAAGCCGCUGAUUCAUUUACCAUGUAUUCAGAAAAUUCAAUAUGGCGGAUGGACAUUCGGACAAGGAUGAAAGCGUAGCCGAAAAAGACCCGUUAUCUUUCUUUACUGCUGGAGAUUCUAGCUCCAGUUCAGAUUCAGAGAGCGACAAAGAUGCGGAAGAACAUGAAGAAGGAACAUUAACAUCUAACAGUUCAGGAAGAAAGCCAUCAUUAACUAAGACAAAGUUACCUUCCCCAACAACUUUGUUUGCAACAGUGGGGAGACCAGCGUUUUUAGAAAGCAAAGAAGAGAGCCAUGUUGACUGGGAUUCACUGUCAAAGCGUUAUGAACCGAAUACAUAUUCAGCUCCUCCUGUGCAGUUUUCUUCUGUGGCAGAGAGCAGAGAAAGCGAAGAAUACGAGGAUGCCGUCAUAUCAUCAGCGCCAGUCAAAUACGGCAAAGAGAUUUCAGACAUACAGAAGCAUCUUGUCAUCCAUGAUAAAAGAUCUGUGAAAGUGGCCUUGAAUAUCCUGAACGAUAGAGGAGAAAGUGCACCAAAGAAACAGAAAACAGAUAAUUUUAGACAAAAGGAGAAAAGAAAACGAGAUCAGGGACAAUCAUCACGAGGAAAGAGCUAUGUAGAGGAAGAAAAGAGAAUACUGCGACAGGACUUCUCAGCUGAAUGAGAAAUUUACCAAAUAUACCAGUGGGCGAAAAACUGCAAUAACAAUAACAACAUGCAAUUGACUUUGGAAAACAUGCCAUUGGCCUGGCUGACUGGCACCUGUUGCCUUGAUCUUCACGGCUUUAACAAACUUGUUGUUUUAUUGGUGGUAUAGAACAAGCACACACUUUUCAAGGACCCAACGCACUGUUAUAUAAUCAUAUGAGGUAAUUAAAUCUCUAGGAAACAAAAGCAUCAUAAAUUUUUGUUCCUGGCUAAUAAACUUGCGUACUAACAUAAUGAUUCAAUUUAGCACCAGGGGCUUUUAUUUGCUUUUGGUGCUUCAAGGGAGGGUGCCUAUUCAAUACAGAGAGCUUAUUUGGGACAGUGUGCUUAUUUCCUUUUUGAGAAACAACCGAAUGUUCAAAACAAAACUUUAAUAUGGUGUGAACCUCCGUUGAUAGGUAUUCUGACAGUGCUGUCAUAUUAUAAUAUUAGAAUGGGGGUGCAUAUUUGAAUAGGAGUGCUUAUUAAUAAAAACAUAUUCGAAGGGGAGCGCAUACUCGAAAGGGGGCGCUUAUUGGAAGGAGGGUGCUAAAUCGAAUCAUUACGGUAACUUAAAAUAAAAGAAAGAAGAAAUCUCCACUCGGGACCAAAUAGAGAACAGUUAUCAAGCCUUAAAGGGGUGAUAAAUUAAUUAUAAAUCACUGCAAAAAACGUGGACUGCUAUAAUGUUUCCAAAGUUUGAGUGUACACUGUUACUGAGCCUUUCAGUAACACGAAUUCUGAAAGCUCAAAAUCAAAACCUAACAUCACCUAAAUAACAACUGCGUUUUUGGCUGCGUUCAAUCAUAAUAAGGUCAAGAACCAACGAACCUUGAAAAGAAGAAACAAACAUAAUGGAUCCAAAUCUACUGAUCACAACACACAGACACGACACAUACAUAUGUAUUUGAAGCCAAUGGAGUAAACUUUAGUUUCCUGAAGUCCGCUAAGAUUGACGGAAGCGAAAAACGAAAGUGUUGAUAGAUUCGACUUUGAGUGUUGACUAACUGUUACAAGGAUAUUAGGACUGAAACGCUGCUUUCAGAAAAGAUAAUCAGAUUUCGUCGAGGUGAUUUUUCAAGCGUUAAGCUCGAGUUUUAAUCGUAGAUUCAGUUUUUAUCUCCGCUUUGAAAAAAUUAUUCGCGCACGACAUAACGCCAACAAUGCAGACUGGUGGAACUGACCUCUAUUGCUCAUGUUCAGUAAUCGUUGCGACAAUAAUCGCUCCGAUCAAAUUAAGUGCAAAAUAAAGUGAAGCCAAGUUGAAGUUGAAGAUCACUGAAGAGCCUUACCAUAUGAAGAUAGCGAUGGCUGAAGUUUCGGUUGUAAUCAUCGUUAGCGGUGAUGGUGGUGAUCUUAUAGAAAUCAGCCCUGAUGGAAGGUGCGGAAGACCAUUGCUGUGUAAAAAUGGAAAUCUAAGGCUAUUGAGGUUUUCCAAACAUUGACGCUCUUCCACGGUGACUUUUAGUGUGUGUUGCUUUUCUCGAAACCCUGACCCUAUUUCAGGCCAAUGUGUGUGACUUUGGUUGUUCUAUUUUGGAUUUUAACCCACUGGCAAGUCUCUUCCCAAACUGUAAACCAGAAAAUACUUUCUUGUACAUCAAAUAAGGGCAUUACAUUUCCCACGAAUUUUCCAUUUUUAUGGGGAAAAAAUUAGUAUCUUGUAAACAACUUACAUAGGUCUAAGCCAGUGAGUGAGGAAAACAUCACUAUGGCCAGUCAAAAUUGAUACCUUACCUCAGGCAAAAAAACCUCAAAAUCCAUACUCUGCUGCCGAACAGAAAUGGAGUGCUUAUAUGAGGAAGUGCCCCUCCAUACCCCCNCCCCUCCCUCACCCCGUCCUCUAGCCUUUUCCAGGAGUUUUGUUAGUUUGGGAACAGCGCGAAUAACGACGAGAGUAAAAAGGACCCCAUUGCUUUUGGACAUAACUGUGACCGGAAUUCAAUUUAAACUCUCGGCACUUUUUUGCGCUGCUCUCCAAAUAACCGAAUGCACGGCUGGAUUAGGCUAUUGUCAUGCCGGGACCUAGAAAGGCGAUCAUGAUGUACAAGAUAUUUUAUUAUUUAACUAUAACUUUACGGCGGGCGAUUAACAGGCCUACACAACUACUACUGUUCGUGUUUUUCCACCUUGUAUAUAGCCUGCGAAUACAACCACCUCGAGUGCCGCUCCCGUCCGGUUCAAACGCCAAACCAACGGAGAGCGAUCUCCUCCUAUCGUACUCAGCCGGUUUAGGCGUUAAACUGACGCAGAGCGACGGAAGGUGGUCGUAUUGGUAGGCUAUACUCCGCUGAUGUUUUCAAGACUUCAGUGUUACGUAGCUUCCAGUGUCGCUGAGAUUUCUUUCAGUGUUUGUCCACAAGUUGAAGCAACAUUUUUGCUUUCUAGAGCCUUUUAGAAUCCUAAGCAAUUUCUACCUUUUCCUAGAAAGUGGAGCAUUUUUUUUGUGCGUGUUUGUCUAAACUGAUCCUGCGACAUUGCCAAUAUAUAAUGCUCAAUUUUUGCAGUUUCGUGGACUUAGGCUAUAGCUGUUUCGCAGCUGUUUUCAAGAUACCAGCCCAAUCUACUUCGACUCGGCGGCUAUUUUAAAGAAAAUUCUGGGGCGGAUUGGUUAAGGGAGUUCGGGUCCGGAGGCAUGUCCCCCGUUCGCUCCCGCCCCCCGCCCCCCCUGAAAAUUUAAAAGUUUGAGGGAUGAUUGUUGGCUGUUUAAUAUCUUUGAAAUCAUCUCUGUUUUGAGCUGUGUAAACAAGGGCUACGCUUAGGUAUUAACAUUAAUCAAUGCUUACCUUCCUGAUGACCUACCUAGUGGCAGUCCAAAAAAGCCUAUUAAAUCGCUGCUGUCUUUUGGACAUGGCUGUGACGGAAUUCAAUUUAAACUCUGGUUCGUUUGAGAAAGGUAGUGGAUUUUCGUGCGCCGGUGACAGUCGAAAUCUUUGUGAACGAUUACAUAACUCACUGAUGAGCUGAUUAACAAAGAGCUUCCUGGCGUUAAGCUCCGAAAUCCGUUGAUAGAAAAACUGUCACUUUUGGUGCCCAUGUAGAAUUUGACGGGAGCGUAAAUAAUGUGUUAAUUUACCAAAUAGACAAAUAAAAGAGAAAGUGCUUAUAUACGCUUAAAUAGAACUUACUUAAGACAGCAAGUAAUUAAAAACCAGAAAAAUA